UCUGAGCUACGUCAAUAUAUAAUAUGUACAUAACUCCCUUUAUCUACAUUCCUCUCCCAACCUUCUUUUUUUUUCUUCAAACUUUGUUCGUGUUCUCUCUUCCCCUUACUUCGCCACUUUAAUGAGAAUUAUACCAACUACACGAACUAAUAUCAGUCCAUCCUAAUAUACCCUCACUUGUGAUACCCCUAAUCUGCUCCUCUGCUUUGCGCCGCCGCACAUUAAAUAUCCAACAGUUGAUAUUGAGAUACCCUAUUCCAUCAUCACCAUGGCGACCGUUAACAAACCGACGGACGUCAAGCAGAAGGAGGCAGAUGUAAACCGCAAGCUUCAGAUCUACGGCAUUAUAAAUGCAUUCCAGAUUGGCAAAGUGCCAUCGAACGACCAAAUCGACGUUGCUUUGAACAGUCUCCUCGAAUCGAAAGCGUUGUCGAAGCCUUCAGAGAAGCUUUCGUCGGAUGGACGAGAGCUUGUCGCAGAUGUCAGGGAGGUGGUGACACAGGCGAAGAAGUUACUUCUAUCGAAGAACGAGGGAAAUAUCCUGCAGGACUUCAUUUGGCAGACCCAACAGUUCGACCCCAAGGCCGUGAACGUGCCUAACGCUCCUGUGGAUAAGGAUACGGUGAAGCAACAUGGCGACACAGUUCUCGAGGGGUUCCGUACUCUGGGAACCUUGAUUAUUACCAACGGCCAGUUCCGCAAGCUCCUUAAUGAUGCCACCAUAUUGUUCCGCGAUAUUGCUGGGGACGCUGCAACCAAUGCGGCAAGCACACUGAAACCUGCGCAUGAGGAUCUUGCCCAAAUCGACCGACCCGCUGAAGACAAUGUGUGGCAUGAGGCCCCCGAUUUCUCCAAGACGACUGUGAAGUCUCAGCUACAGAAUAUCUACAAGAGUAAACCCGGAGAAGAUGCUCAGAAAGUCGUUAGCUCUGGUGCCCAAGCGGCUCAACAGUCUGAUGGGUCAGCAACCGAUCGUCUCAACGCUGCGCAGAAUGCUACGGGCGGCGUUGUGGAGCAGGCUAAGUCGAACGUUGACCCUGAUACCCGCGAAUCUGUCCAGCAGGCUUCUAAGCAGUAUGGCGCUCGUACUCGGCAGUAUCUUUCUAAGAAAAUGCCAGAGGAGCGUCGUGAUCAGACCAUCUGGCGUCUAAAGAAAAUGGUCGUCGAAUGCCAGCAGCACCCUGAUUACAAUCAAGCCAUUUCUACGCUGCUUGACAUAGCCGAGCAGUAUGGCUCUCACAGCAAGAGCAUCGUGGCUGGUAGCACUGGCACUGUCAAGGAAACGCGAACUCACCUUGCCGCUGCUGAAGCUGACUUGAAGACAUUGAUUGAGCGAUUUGCCAACGGAACUUCGUCGGACGAUCUUUGGUCUUCAAUCAACACCAUCUACGCGGACGCCGACAAGGAUCCCGAAUUGAAAGACUGGUUCAAGUCUAUUGACUCUUACAUCCGCAAAUGUCUUCAGCAACAAGGCUAUAUCAUGGAAGAUGCUUCGAACGAGGAAUGGCGUCGUCUCUACGACCAUGGAAACUAUCUCCUCCGUGAUAAAUACAGGAGCCACACCAACCGCAUCGUCGACGAGAUCAAGUUCUUGGCCAACCAAUUCGACCAAGACCCCCAGAACAAGGCAUUCGGCGCCUCCUUGGAAAAGCUGUUCAGCGACCUUGGAAAUGAUGAGCAAGGCAAAGCGGUUUUCAAGCCUCACUUGGUCAAGGACCUAACCGAUAUCAUUAUCCCAGCAAUCUUUGAGAAGGUUGCCUACAUUCCUAUUCCUCGCAUCGAGUAUUCCGACUCCGAGAUUGAUGCAGUGGUGGAGAACCUCGUGUUGGAGAGCGACAACUUUAUGCCCAAUGUCCUUGAGGUCGCUAGCGACAAUUACUGGAGAUUUGGCCGUAAGAAGAUUGCUAGCAAGAACAAGAAUUCUAUCGAUGUCAAGGUUACGGGCGUCCAAAUGGACUUACGCGAUGUCAGCUUCUAUGUCAAACGCAAACAAGGCUUUCCCUCUAUCACGGACACCGGUGUUGCAAACAUCAAGAUGGGUGGUGAUGGGUUCUGCUUUCGCAUGAAGUUAUCUACUGCCGACGACAAGGACUCACAGCACCUCUUCAAGAUCGACAAGGUUGAUGUGGACGUCACGCACCUACAAGUUAAGCUCGUCAGGUCUAAGCAUAAGAUCCUGUUUGGUCUUUUCAAGCCCGUCAUGCUUAAGGUUCUCCGCCCAGCAAUCCAGAAGACUGCCGAGAAGGCACUCAAGGAUCAAUUCAACAAGUUUGAUGAGUUGCUUUACCAAAUCAAGAAAGAGGCUGAUCGCGCGCUGGACGAGGCUCGCUCCGACCCUGGAAACACUCCCAACAUUUACAACCGAUACAUCAAUGCUGCACAGAAGCAGAUCCUUCAGGGCAAGAAGAAGGCCGAGGCCGUGGCAGCCGACAAGAAGGUCAACUUAGCCGUGACUAAGGAGGACAGUGUCUUCCCCAACAUCCACUUGCCUGGUGGCAUUAGCUCCAAGGCGACGGAGUACAGAGAGUUGGCUCGCAAGGGCGAACAGUGGGAGAGCCCUAUAUUCUCCAUCGGUUCCGCUUCCAAGAGCACCAACAUUCCUUCUGCCCCUGACGUUGUUCGCAAGAUGCACGCCGUGAACGACAAUACCGCCACGAACGGUAACUACACGAACGGCACUCUCACUAACGGUCAAUCUGCAAAUGGCAAGUAUGUGUCUGGUACCGGACCUACUAGCACGACCGUUCCGACUGUUACGAUCUAGAAGGCGUAACGUAUAUGCCACGACUCUCUUUAGGCACGUCUAUGAGUUAUGAGGGAAAGUAAGGAAACUUGGGGCAAGGGAAUAGGGAUCAUGCAGUUGCGUCGGGGGAUCCGAUGAUGGUUAUACCCGAAGAUACCCAGGGGUUCAGAAUGACUUCACUUGGAAAAGCUACAAUGACGGUAGCACGACGGUGAUGAUACCUCUUAUUGUUAUUCUGCUUUAGUAUAUCCCCUCUCCUUUAUCGGACUAUCGGAUAGGUAGUAAUACGCGUAAUAAUCGGGAAUAAACAAGAACUGAAAAGCAA